GUGUGGCAGCUUGGAAUGAUGGAUCAAGCCAGAUCAGCAUUAUCUAACUUGUUCGGUGGAGAACCAUUAUCAUAUACUCGAUUUAGUCUGGCUCGGCAAGUAGAUGGCGAUAACAGUCAUGUAGAGAUGAAACUAGCUGCAGAUGAAGAGGAAAAUGCUGACAGCAUGGGGAAUAUUCCUUCCAGUGUCAAAAAAACAAAAAGACUUAAUGGCAGUAUUUGCUUUAGCACUAUUGCUGUAAUCCUCUUUUUCCUGAUUGGAUUCAUGAUUGGCUACUUGGGCUAUUGUAAACGUGCGGAACCAAAAGCUGGGUGUGAGGCACCCACGGAAACUGUGUCUACUGAGGCAGAUUCACAGACCUCUGAUGUAAACGACGACUACCUUGAAACGCCUUCUCACUUAUUUGUGGGAGAUCUCAAAAGAAUUUUGUCACAGAAACUGGACGCCACAGAGUUCACCAACAGCAUCCAACAGCUGAGUGAAAAUUCCUAUGUCCCUCGUGAAGCUGGAUCUCAAAAAGAUGAAGACCUUGCACUGUUUAUUGAAAAGAAGUUCAAUGCAUUUAAAUUUAGCAAAGUCUGGCGUGACGAACAUUAUGUUAAGAUUCAGGUCAAAGGCAGCACUAUCCAAAACUCAGUGGCCAUUGUAGAUGGAAACGGGACCACUUUAUUCAUGGUGGAGCAUCCUGAGGGUUACGUGGCGUAUAGUAAGGCUACGACAGUUACUGGUAAACUCGUCCAUGCUAAUUUUGGCACUAAAGCAGACUUUGAGAAUUUAAAGUCUCUUGUGAAUGGAUGUUUAGUGAUUGUUAGAGCAGGGAAAAUCUCUAUUGCUGAAAAGGUUGCAAACGCUGAAAGUUUUAAUGCAACUGGUGUUUUGAUAUACAUGGACUAUGCUGACUUUCCCCUUGAUGAUGCAAAGCUUCCAUUCUUUGGACAUGCUCAUCUGGGAACAGGUGACCCUUAUACACCUGGGUUCCCUUCUUUCAAUCACACUCAGUUUCCACCAUCUCAGUCGUCAGGAUUACCUAAUAUACCUGUACAGACCAUUUCCAGAUCUGCGGCAGAAAAUCUUUCUGAAAAUAUGGAACAAGACUGUCCUGUUAGUUGGAAAGCACAGUCUCUAUGUAAGAAGCUAUCCGUACAAGGUAGAAUUGUGAGGCUCACUGUGAACAAUGUACUGAAAGAGACAAGAAUUUUGAACAUCUUUGGAGUUAUCAAAGGCUUUGAAGAACCUGACCGCUAUAUUAUAGUAGGAGCCCAGAGGGAUGCCUGCGGUGCUGGAGCUGCAAAAUCCAGUGUAGGAACGGCUCUUCUGUUGGAACUUGCGCGGAUAUUGUCAGAUAUGGUUUUAAAAGAUGGGUUUAAACCCAGCAGAAGCAUUGUCUUUGCCAGCUGGAGUGCUGGAGACUUUGGAGCUGUCGGUGCCACUGAAUGGCUAGAGGGAUACCUUUCAACUUUGCAUUUAAAAGCUGUCACUUACAUUAAUUUGGAUAAAGCUGUUGUUGGUACCGACAAAUUCAAGGUUUCUGCCAGUCCACUAUUGUAUUCACUUAUUGAGAAAACAAUGCGAGAUGUGACCCAUCCAGUUACUAGGAAGUAUCUCUAUCAGGACAGCAACUGGGCCAACAAAGUUGAGAAACUUUCUUUUGAUAAUGCUGCUUUCCCUUUCCUGGCAUAUUCUGGAAUUCCAGCAGUCUCUUUCUGUUUUUGUCAGGAUGAAAAUUAUCCUUAUUUGGAUACUCCAAAAGAUACCUAUGAUGUGUUAAAUAAGCAAAUUCCUCAGUUGAACAAAAUGGCACGUGCAGCAGCAGAAGUGGCUGGUCAGCUUAUAAUUAGACUUACCCUUGACCUUGAAUUGGACCUGGACUAUGAGCGGUAUAAUGACAAAAUACUUUCAUUUUUGAAGGAUAUAAACCAAUUCAGAACAGAUAUAAAGGAGAUGGGUCUAAAUCUACAGUGGCUAUAUUCUGCUCGCGGAGACUUUUUUCGUGCUACUUCCAAACUAACAACAGAUUUCAAGAAUGCUGAAAGAGCAAACAAGUUUAUCAUGAGGGAACUGAAUGACCGUAUGAUGAAAGUGGAAUAUCAUUUCCUCUCACCCUAUGUAUCUUCAAAGGAUUCUCCUUUCCGACAUAUCUUCUGGGGCUCUGGCUCUCACACUCUGUCAGCUUUACUGGAAAACUUGAAGCUGCGUCAGAAGAAUGUGGAUGCUUUUAAUGAAACACUGCUGAGAAACCAGUUGGCUCUAGCUACUUGGACUAUCCAGGGUGCUGCAAAUGUUCUCACUGGGGACAUUUGGGAGGUUGACAAUGAGUUUUAG